AUGCCUCCGAGAUUAGCGCCUUUCCAGUCGCUGGCUGGCCAAUGUCGCGCCUUUGUGUGCCAGCAAACGGCCAAGUUCUCAUCGACCUCUCCAGCCGCGAGACUCGACAAAUCACUCGCCAGCUCCGGAUCCAAGCUGCUCAGCCAAACGGACGCGGGCAGCGGCGAGACCCCGGCGAACGCCAUAAAGAAGUUCAUGUGGUCGGCAGAGGCCCGCGAGAGGAACAAGAACGACUACGCCGCGAGGCAGGAGAGGACCCAGAGCCAGCUGCGCAAGAACCAGGUCGCGAACAACUACCUCCGCCAGUCGCCUCGGCGCUGGAACCACGGCGAGCUCUACUCGCCCCACGACCUGUCGCCCGAGGAGCUCGCCCGAUUCCGCAAGCCCACGCGGCCCAAGUUCGACGUCAUUGACGUUUUGGGCAUAAACCCGUUGGACGAGUACCAGAACUUCUCCAUGAUUUCAGAGUACAUGACCCCUAUGGGCCGGAUAAAGCACCCCAAGGAAACGUGCCUACGUCCCGUGAACCAGAGGAAGAUUGCCAAGGCUAUCAGGAGGGCAGUCGGCUUGGGAUUACACCCCAGUGUGCAUCACCACCCUGAGCUUCUCAAGACCCGUUAUGCAGCCGUUUCCGCUCCGGGUAGGCGGUCCGUGUAA